AUGCUCACCAGCAGCAACGUGAAGUCGCUGGAGAAGGUGUGUGCCAACUUGAUCAGAGGCACAAAGGAGAAGAAUCUGAAAGUGAAAGGACCGGUGCGCAUGCCUACCAAGACACUGAGAAGCUCUACAAGAAAAACGCCUUGUGGUGAAGGUUCCAAGACUUGGGAUUGUUUCCGGAUGAGAAUCCACAAGCAACUCAUUGACUUACACAGUCCUCCUGAGAUUGUUAAGUAG